ACUUCAUCUUCUUUGACACACUCUGUUUUCUCUUUUUUUUGUUUGUUCUUAUUAUUACAAGAAACCAGAGUUUUCAUCACAAGGGAGAGAACAAACAAAAAAUGGAACUGUCGACACAGAUGAAUGUGUAUGAAGAGCUUCUUGUUCCAACAAAGCAAGAAACCACCGACAACAACAUCAACAGUCUAAGCUUUAAUGGCGAAUUUGAUCAUCAUCAUCAUCAUCAUCAGUUCUUCCCAAAUGGAUAUAGUAUUGACUACCUCUGUUUCAACAACGAAGAAGAAGACGAAAAUACCCUUCUUUAUCCAUCUUCUUUCAUGGAUCUAAUCUCUCAGCCUCCUCCACUGCUUCUCCACCAACCACCACCGUUACAGCCACCGUCUCCGCCGUUAUCAUCCUCCGCAGCAGUAGCAACGUUCGAUUACCCUUUUCUUGAGGCGUUGCAAGAGAUAAUCGACUCUUCCUCCUCUUCGCCACCAUUGAUCCUUCAGAAUGGUCAAGAAGAUAACAACAACAACUUCCACAAUCCAACGUCGUCGUAUCCUUCGCCAUUGAUGGAGUCUGAUCAGAGCAAGAGCUUCAGUGUUGGUUACUGUGGAGGAGAGACGAACAAGAAGAAGAGUAAGAAGCUCGAAGGCCAACCUUCCAAGAAUCUCAUGGCGGAGAGACGGCGGAGAAAACGACUUAACGAUCGUCUCUCUAUGCUCCGAUCCAUCGUCCCAAAAAUCAGUAAGAUGGACAGAACAUCGAUAUUAGGAGAUGCCAUAGAUUACAUGAAGGAGCUUUUAGACAAAAUCAACAAAUUACAAGAUGAGGAACAAGAACUUGGAAAUAGCAACAAUUCACAUCACUCUAAGCUCUUCGGUGAUCUCAAGGAUCUUAAUACAAACGAACCUAUGGUCAGAAACUCACCAAAGUUUGAAAUAGAUAGGAGAGAUGACGAUACUCGAGUUGAUAUAUGUUGCUCACCGAAACCGGGAUUGCUUCUAUNUUGCCUUCAAGAUUGUUUAAUUAUUGUGUUCUUACUUUUAUGGGAAUCUACAGAACCGGUUGAAAAGUGA